AAUGACUUAAUUUCAUGCAAGGACAAAAAUGGCAAACACCGAAAGCGGCGGCAAUAUCAACGCGCUUCGUCAACAAGCACUAACCUCUUUUUAAGGAAGAGAAUGAGUGGUGAUUUAGGGUAGAAUGUUUGACUACGGUCAUUGUUUUGGCGAUAUUUUGUGGGGAAACAGUUUUAGUUGUGGGAGGUUCCUUGGGCGUGAAAGAAAAAAUGGGUAAGAAACCUAUAGCUCGGAAGCGUCAAGGAAAGGGUACCACGGCCAUGCUUCAGCCUAAGGACCCUUCUGGAGGAGUGGAAAAGCAACCUGAAAGCUCCAACCCUUUGUCCCAAAAUGCAAUUUUGCAACCUAAGAAAAGAAAUCCUCCGUUCGAGACUGUAGAAUCACAGCCUAAAACGCAGACAAAUUCUGCCGAUUUGUCUUCACUUACGAAGGUCAAGAAACAUGGUAUUCUUUAUGCGGUUAGGAGAUCCGAACGCCUUCAAGCCGUGAUUUCUCCUUCUCAAGACAAGGAAAUCGAACGUUUAAUUGAUGAGAUAACUCUAAGUGAAGGUGAGAAAGAUGAGGUGCCACUCGAUCAUGAGGAUGGGGAACUACCACAGCCAAUCCAGACACAGAUGACCAUGGAAGAAAAAUUUGACUAUCUUUUUCAACAAAUUGAAGAACUACAAAAGACUCUAGAAACCUUAAAGUUCAAGGCUACAAGGGAUUCUUCCCCAACUGGAAGCCCUAGGGCAGCAGAUGUCCGAUAUAGAAACUUGUAUUUUGAAUCACAGAAGAAGAUCGAAGCACUGACAAAUGAAAACCACCAGCUUGCUCUCAAGUUGGAACGAGCUCUCGGUAAACUUGAAGCAGAAGUUAUAAGAUGUUGUGUAUGGGUGCAGUACGAUAAUGGGGCGUGUGCAGCUUCUGAAGGACUGCAGAAAAUGAAGGAGAUGAUAUUGGUGGCGAAUUUGACAAGAUCAACUGAAACAGCAGUGAAUUUUUCUACACAAACCUUUCCUUCAAUGGAUGGAGGUGCUGAGGCAAUGGCUAGUCUUAGAAGAAAGAAACCUCGUACUGGGAAAUAGGCUUUGUUUUUAGAUAGCUCUUUAUCUUAGUUGGUUUUGGUUUGGAAUUGACAAGUCGAUGGUGUUAUCGUUUCAUCCCAACUUCCGACUUUUGUGUUUGGUAAUGCUAAUUUGCUUUCACCA